AGCAAAAGUGAAUAACGCAGUACUACAUUUCAGCUCAAAAACUGAAUCCUAUAAGAACUAAGUGCAUUCGAUCUGGGAUUCUUUUUUCCUAAUUGAAUCCUUUCAAAAAAAAGAUCUCUUACACAUGGCUUCCAUGGCGUUUUCUUCAGUUUUAUCUUCAAAUCCUUCAUGGGUUUCACUUUCACCCACGGUUGUUUCAACUCCUUUUUCUAAUUGCUCUUUUGGGUACUCUCCGGCCAUCUUCAGGAACAACCUCUCACUAAAAUCACCUAAUUUCCCUGCUUCUCUAUUCAAAUCACGUUCUUUGUCUAUUCAGGCCAGAGCUGCAACUGGGGAGACGAUUUAUGAUUACACUGUGAAGGAUAUUGAUGGGAAGGAUGUUCCUUUGAACAAAUUUAAGGGCAAGGUUCUACUUAUUGUCAAUGUUGCUUCUAAAUGUGGUUUGACGACAUCAAAUUACAAAGAACUCUCACACAUUUAUGAGAAGUAUAAAACACAAGGAUUUGAAAUCUUGGCUUUCCCUUGCAACCAAUUUGGGGGACAGGAACCUGGUAGUAAUCCAGAGAUUAAGCAGUUUGCUUGUACAAGAUUUAAGGCAGAGUUUCCAAUAUUUGACAAGGUUGAUGUGAAUGGACCUAAUACAGCUCCAGUUUAUAAAUUUCUCAAGUCAAGUGCUGGAGGAUUCUUAGGCGAUCUAAUCAAAUGGAAUUUUGAAAAGUUUCUGGUGGACAAAAAUGGUAAAUUUGUUGAAAGAUACCCACCACCUACAUCACCUGUCCAAAUUGAGAAGGACAUUCAAAAGCUCUUGGCGGCAUGAUGAUGUUCAACUGCUUUGAUUUUCUUCCGAGAAAUUCAUUGGUGUCAAAUUAUACAGAUUCAAUGUAAUUACCCUCAUUAUCCAAUAAGUCCGGGUUUGUUUGCAGCAAUUAGACUUGUAAACAUUGAGAAAGAGAGCAUAUAAGAGAUGUUGUGUGUUGUAAAACAGUGCAAAAUGUUAUUUACCCAUUGGGGAUAUUCUGUUGAAAAUCUUCAAAUUAUUAGUUCAUA